AUGAAGACCUUACUAUCUCAACUGGUAGCUUUAUGUUUGUUAGUGAAGCAACUUAAAAAGGCUAAGCGGCGUGUACGCCCGAAGUACAAGAAGUCAAUUUUAACGGGAAAGGCUUUCACCCAACAUCUGUUAGAAGGAAAUCCGAGGAAUAUGUACAACCUAUUGAGAAUGACUAAGGCUCCUUUUAUUCAAUUAUGCAAUGAAUUCCGAGCCAAAGGACUUUUAGAGGAUGACAAGUAUUUAGAAGUAGAGGAGAAGAUGGCAAUGUUUCUAUACACAAUCGGGCACAAUUGUAGGAAUCGUGUAAUUUUAUAUCACUUUCAACAUUCAGGUGAAACAGUUAGUAAGUAUUUUCAUGAAGUGUUGACUGCUAUGAAGAAAUGGUCUGCUGAAGUCCUAGUUCCUCCACCAAAUAUAUUUGAUAAGCCAGCUAUAACUAAAAGGAAUAAACGUCUUAGAGAAGGUGCUUUCAAAGGUGUUGUUGGUGCAUUGGAUGGCACUCUAAUUAGUGCCAGCAUUCCGGUCGAGAAGCAAACACCGUAUAGAGGAAGGGGAAGAGGAGAAUGUAGCCAAAACGUGCUUGCGAUAUGUGAUUGGGAUAUGUACUUUUUGUAUGUAGUGGUUGGAUGGGAAGGCACUGCUCAUGACUCGAGAGUGUUGACCGAGGCAGUGCGUGAUCCAUCUUUCAAGUUUCCUCCACCAGAAAAAUACUAUCUAUGUGAUGAUGCGUACUCUCAUACACAGGUAUUUAUGUGUCUGUAUCGCAACAUAAGGUAUUGGAUAGGUGAUUAUCGAAGAGUACCUCCAACAGCAAAAGAGGAGAAGUUUAAUCAAGCCCAUGAUCGAUUGAGGAAUGUGAUUGAGAGAGCAUUCGGGGUAUUGAAAGUAAGAUUUCCCGUCUUAAGUAAAAUGCCUUCUUACUCAUUUGAGACUCAAAGAGAUAUCGUCAUUGCUUGCAUGUCAAUACAUAACUUUCUAUGUCGUAAUGCAUUGGAUGAUUGGCUAUUUAAAGAAUAUGAGAAUGAGACAUUUGAUAUGAAUGAGACACAGGUGGAAGUCGAAGUGGAAGCGGAAACGGAAGAAAAUGCACCUCGAAUGAAGUAUUUAGAUUUUAUUGUUUGGUAA